CGCCUCACGCUUUAUUUGCUUAAUGCGCAAAGUUUGUCUGCUGGUUUCUUUGAAUGGCAAAUGUGGUGCAGCGGCAAAGAGCCGCCAAACCCAUAGCUGCUGGCGCGCGUAACCCCACAUACACCAACUCUGGGCUUCCGGAACCCAUCUCCAUCCCAAAGUCACAGCUGACCACGCGGUCCGGGUGUACGCUGCACGCUAGUGUUCCGCGAGAGCGACACAGGACGCCGAAGCAGGACGCGCCCCGUGGACGCUCGAGACGAGCGGCGCACCUGACGUCACGGGGGGCGGUUCCUCGGGCGGUUAGGCGCGUGCUUGCCCGGUGUAGCCUCACUUGCCCUACCUGAGAGACCCCAGCAUCCUCGAGAUGACUUCCAAAGUCAUAGGCGCGUGCGUGCCGUUGUUUUCUUUAGCCAUCGCUUUUGACCUGCUCGGUCUCGUUCUUCUCUUUGUGGGGAUCUUCGCGGAUCUGAAGGUAAACGGCAGGUUUUACGGGGAUUUCUUCAUCUACACGGGCGCAAUAAUCCUUUUCUGCAGCUUGGGUUGGUGGGUCAUGUGGUACGUGGGGAACAUUAACCUCUCCAGCGCGGGCUCGCGACGCAGCGCGAGCACCGCACGCAGUUUUAAAAAGCUGGCGAGGAAGUUGACCGAGCGGCUUUCCAAAACGCACGCGGAAAGCGACGCGCAAAGCGUCAUGAAGAACGUCGGGGAGGAAGAGGAGGCGAGGAAGAGCAGCCACCUCAACCGGGGCUUGGAAAGCACUCGCUCAGGCGCUGGAGGACAGGAAGGCUUAGCAGAAGACAGGUUAGCUUUGUAGAAGAGGCUGUGAGUGGGCACCAACCUGCUACGUGUUCAUUCAUUCAUUUAUUUAUUUUAUCACUAGAUGCUAAAAUUGAACUUAAAUGUAUUUAUUGGAGCAAAACGAUUUGUCCUUUACCUACAUAUGUAAUGAGAACAUGUACGGUCACAUUAGUAAUCUUUAAGGUUUGAUCCUGCUGCUGGAGAGAGGAGUGUCUCACGCUGGAGGGAAGUCACAGUCAAACAGACGUCAACAUGCAAACACAGCAGAGAUCGCGUGUUCACAUGCAGCAUGUCCUGUCACCUAUCCCUGUGGAAGCACCGGGAGAGGGAUCAGUCAGACCGGUCGGCCCGCUACGCUGCCCCCAGGGCCGCGGCUGCCCUGACACUUCAGUUAGGGUAGUGUGUCACUGAGGAGUCUGAAGGACAAGACUGGCAAGACUUGGACAUGCGACGUGUAGCAGUAAUGCAACUUUACAAAACAUGUGCAGUCGCUGUUGAAACGUGUAUAAACAAACAGUGUAUGUUUUCUGA